AUGAUUGAUGAUUACAAAUGUGAUGAUAUAACAGACAAAAAGGCAGAUCCAAAUCAAGAUAAAGGGCUUUCAGCUAGAAUUAGUAACUACAAAUCCGAACUUGAUUAUUUUUUAGAAACUCCUAAUGAAGAUCUAUCAUUUGAUUCUAUUGAAAAUUUUUUACAAGAUAUGAUUAAUUUAAAUGCAUUCACUAGAUCAGAACAGUUUACAGAUCUUAAUUUCUUUAACAAAUCUAUGUACUUUCGUCAAAAUUUCCAAGAUCAUUCAGAAUUUUUACACUUAGACUUAUCCCAAGUCGAAUUCUUCAAAGUAGAAACAUUAGAAUCUCUAUUUUCACAAGAUUAUUUCAAUUAUUUGAUGAAUUUUAUGAAUUAUAAUCCAGAUCCAAGCGCCAUUACAGAAAAAGAUUGCUGCAGAUAUGCAAUUAACAUAUUAGACAUAAUCAUACUCAAAAACCCUGAAUUUGGUGCUUUAUUUGUUGAUGAGAAAUUUUUACAAAAAUUAUUCGUAAUUUAUCAAAUAAUGAGUGCAGAUAUCGAUGCAACUAAGAAAACAAAAGAGAAAAGAAACAUAACAAUAUCAAGAAACUGUUUGAUCGAAGCAUGGCUUCAUUUAAUUGCAGAUAUAACUCUUUUUAAUCCUGAUUCAAUUAAAACAAUUUUUUCACCACCACAGCUCUUUAAUAUUACAAUGAGUCUCAUGAGCAGAGUUAACCAAGUCAAUCCUUCAUGUGUCUAUGUAAUUAUUAUGGCAAUUACUUCUAAUGACCAAGAGUUUCUUGAAGCAUUUUCAAAUGAUGUUUCAAUCAACUCAAUUUCCUUUUAUUUACAAGUUAAAGACCAGAAAAUGAGAAGUUCAAGUGCUUCUGCACUCAGAAUUAUUUCUAAAACAAUUUCUGGACUUGUUUUAGAACCUUCUAUUUUAGAUUUAGAAUAUGAUAACUCAUCUUUGACUGUUGAAGAAGGAAUUCACUUAUCUGAUAUGAUGAGCAAUAUAAUAUUAACAGACGACCCAAGAAUGUGCCAAAUUAUGGUUCAAUCAAAGUUAUUUGAAUCAAUUAUUAGAUUAUCAGAGAAUUCUGUGUUUCAAGUAAGAAAUUCUGUAGGAAGAUUGAUAUGCAUUUGCAUGUCAUCAAGUAUUACAGAAUUAGUUGAUUUUCUGCUCAAAAAUUACCAAGAUAUAGUUUUUUCAACAAUUAAAAUGCUAGUUUCAUCAUCAGUACAAUUCAAAGUUGAUGCAAUAAUAGCAGCACAUAAAAUCUUUGAAUAUUGUAACUCAUUUACUGUCCAAAACGGAAAAGCAAUUUUAGAUGCUUUUCUGGAUCCUGAUUUUAUAGAUGAUAUAUAUGAAGCCUUUCCUGAAGAUGUUCCAGAAAAAAUUCAGAUGAUGAUAACUGAAUUAGAAAAUUAUGUUUCUUCACAAGAAUAA